AUGGCCUCAAGAGCAAUAACGUGCCACCAUCUUCUAUUCGAGCAGAGGGAGUGCAUCUCGGUGCACGUUGGCCAGGCCGGUGUGCAGAUGGGCGUGGCUUGCUGGCAGCUGUACUGCCUCGAGCACGGCAUCCGCCCAGACGGCACCCUGCCGGUCUGCGACGCGGACCCCAACUCCUCGGACUCUUGCUUCAACACCUUCUUCUCUGAAGCUGACCGGGGCAAAAUGGUGCCGAGAGUUGUGAUGGUGGACCUUGAAGCUACUGUCAUUGAUGAAGUCCGGUCAGGCGAGUACCGGCAGCUGUACCACCCAGAACAGCUGAUCACGGGCAAGGAGGACGCGGCCAAUAACUACGCUCGUGGACACUACUCCACCGGCCGCGAGGUUCUUGGGCCCGUGAUGGAGCGCGUGCGGAAGCUGUCUGACCAGUGUACUGGACUUCAGGGCUUCUUCGUGUUCCACUCGUUCGGAGGCGGCACCGGCUCAGGGUUCACGUCGCUGUUGAUGGAGAAGCUGUCUGACGAGUUCGGCAAGAAGAGCAAACUUGAAUUUGCUAUCUACCCAGCGCCACAGGUGUCAACAGCAGUGGUGGAGCCUUACAACGCAGUCCUGACGACGCAUGCCACCAUCGGGCAUUCUGACUGCGCCUUCAUGGUCGACAAUGAGGCCAUCUACGACAUUUGCCGACGGCGGCUCUCCAUCGAACGGCCAUCGUAUGCCAACCUCAACAGGCUUAUCUCACAGGUGGUGUCUUCAAUCACGGCAUCGUUGAGAUUCGACGGCGCGCUGAAUGUAGACCUAACGGAGUUCCAGACCAACCUCGUACCGUACCCGCGCAUCCACUUCCCGCUCGCUGCGUACGCGCCGGUCGUCUCCGCUGACAAGGCAUAUCACGAAGGCAUGUCAGUAUCAGAGAUCACGGCAGAGCUGUUCGAGCCACAGAACCAGAUGGUGAAGUGUGACCCUCGCGACGGCAAGUACAUGGCGUGCUGUCUGCUGUACCGCGGAGACGUGGUGCCGAAAGACGUCAACGCGGCCAUAGCGGCCAUGAAGGGGCGUGCCGGGAUCCGGUUCGUGGACUGGUGUCCUACUGGGUUUAAGGUGGGCAUAAACUACCAGCCGCCAUCCGUGGUGGCGGGCGGGGACCUGGCGCAGGUGAAGCGCGCCGCGUCAAUGCUCAGCAACACCACGGCCAUCGCCGAGGCGUGGGGCAAGCUCGACCACAAGUUCGACCUCAUGUACUCCAAGCGGGCGUUCGUGCACUGGUACGUAGGCGAAGGCAUGGAGGAAGGCGAGUUCUCAGAGGCGCGAGAAGACCUGGCGGCCUUAGAGCGGGACUAUGACGAAGUAGCCAUCGAGACGUCGGAAAUGCAGCCGGGCUGCGACGACGAGAUGUGA